AUGCAUGUUCCAUUCCUGAUAAGUUUGUGUGGACUUCCGAUGAGCAAUGCUACCAACACUGAGAAGGCCUUGCUGAUAAAUCGCUUCUGGGCUGCUCUUCUCAACAGCAAUAUAGCAGUAACGUUGCCGAUGCUGAAAAGCCGUUUGUCAACGCUGUUGGCGAUUGAGCAGAAAUUUGAUGCGUGGAAAAUGUUAAGAGAGACGGAAGCAACCUUCAAACUCAAUCCGGACGAAGAUUUCUUCGCUCUUCUCUUAAAACAACUGUCUCUAACGGGAGACAUUAAUUCGUUCGAUUCAAUGCUGGCCGAAAUAGAAAGGCGCCAGUUACCAGUGAAUAUGUCCAUGAGGGCAUCUCAGAUAUGUUGCUAUUUGAAGAGUGCCGACAAGGAAGCGGUGGAAGCAGUAAUACAGGUGAGGGUUUCGUUGAGGAUAUAUUGA